AUGAGGCUCGGCACAGCCCUGUCCCUCGGCGGAAUCGUCGCCGCGGGGCCGCUGAUCGCUGCAUGCGGGGGCCCUUCGUACGAUGACUGGGCAGCCACCGACGGCGCCGCCGGGCGGAUCAACCUCGACGACGUGCAGCAGGCAUUCAAGGACUCCGACAGCGCCACGGAGUUCGAGCGGCGGGUCAAUGAAAUCUACGAGGGCGACGGCCUCAUCCUGAUCCGGGCCAGUCAGGACGGUCAAACCCUGACCCUGGAGGGCUGGGAGGACCUGAACAACGACAACGAGAUCGACGACGCCGCCGACGAUCAGCUCUUCUCCAUAGUCAGGGGAAGCGACAAUGAAUACGAUAUGCGCGGCUACCACGGCAACGGGUAUUACAACAGCCACUUCGGGGCUGGCGAUUUUCUCUUCACCUACCUGAUUAUUUCAUCUCUCUCCGGGCCGCGCGGCUAUUACUACAGCACGCCGCCAUCCCGCGGUACGGAGAUGCGCAACCAGCGCACCACCUACCGCAACUCGUCGGCCUACGGCGGGCAGACUUCGCGCAACGCGAGCUACAACUCCAGGCAGGCCUCCUUCGCCGGGUCGCGCUACCAGUCAAGCAGAGGUAACGUCAGCGGCAACCGCAGCUCCUACCAGUCAACCCAGAGGACCAGCGGAUCUUUCCGCACCAGCAACUCUAUCUCCCGCAGUAGCUCAGUUCGCUCGUCAUCCCGGAGUUUCGGCGGCGGGUUUGGCGGUGGCGGCGCCUUUCGCGUGCGCCUGAGGUCCUAG